AUGGACAAGAAAUCGUUGACAGCGCACCAGAGUCCGAACCAGUAUUCCGAGCAGCCUAUCGCCAUCUCCCGCGAGACCCGUCCACCUCUACACCGCUUCGCCGGUCGGCACGACUCAAUUCCACUCAGCGUGGGUGAUCACAGGUUACAGGCG